CACGCACGCGCGGUAGGGAGGGCGCGCGCGCGGGAGCGGCGACCCCAGGAAGGAGGUGCUGCCGCCGCCGCCGCCUCCACCGCCAUUGCGAGAGAGGGAGGGAGCGAGCGGGGCUGGUCCGCCCUCCCCCUAGUUCCCGCCCCUCCCCCCUUCCCCUCCCCAUCGCCCGCCCCCAGGGAGAGCCGCGGCGCGGCGGGAGGAGGAGGCGGAGGAGGGAGCCCGCGAGGGAGGGUCCGCCCGGCCCCCCGCCGCCGGAGCCGCCGCCGCCGCAGCCGCCGGAGCCGCCGCUGGACGAGGAUCAGGGGAACAUGGCGCCGGGGCCGCUGUCGACGCUGCCAGGAUCCUGGAGGCCGGGGCCGCGCUGAAGACGGCCAGCUGGAAGAAAUGUUGUCUAUUUGGUGAUGAGACGUGGUGAAAACUGACCUUAUACUGGUAUACAGCACUAUGGGACCUGACAUUUUCACUUCCUGGGCAGCCAGCCCCCACUGAUAAUGUUGGGAAGCCAUCUGGUCUACUGCAAAACACUAAUCUGAUCUCGGAAGUGGCUGAUUGUGGCAGGAUGUGUCGACAAUGAUGAUGGCAAGAAAGCAAGAUGUCCGCAUUCCCACCUACAACAUCAGUGUGGUGGGAUUGUCUGGGACAGAGAAGGAGAAGGGCCAGUGUGGCAUUGGGAAGUCUUGUCUGUGCAACCGCUUUGUGCGCCCGAGUGCUGAUGAGUUUCAUUUGGACCAUACCUCUGUCCUCAGCACCAGUGACUUUGGUGGGCGAGUGGUCAAUAAUGACCACUUUCUUUACUGGGGAGAAGUUAGCCGCUCCCUGGAGGAUUGUGUGGAAUGUAAGAUGCACAUUGUGGAGCAGACUGAAUUUAUCGAUGAUCAGACUUUUCAGCCUCAUCGAAGCACGGCCCUACAGCCCUAUAUCAAGAGAGCUGCUGCAACCAAGCUGGCAUCAGCUGAAAAACUCAUGUACUUUUGCACUGACCAGCUGGGGCUGGAGCAGGACUUUGAGCAAAAACAAAUGCCAGACGGAAAGCUGCUGAUUGAUGGUUUUCUUCUUGGUAUUGAUGUCAGCAGGGGCAUGAAUAGGAAUUUUGAUGACCAGCUCAAGUUUGUCUCCAAUCUCUACAAUCAGCUUGCAAAAACAAAAAAGCCCAUAGUGGUGGUCCUGACCAAGUGUGAUGAAGGUGUUGAGCGGUACAUUAGAGAUGCACAUACUUUUGCCUUAAGCAAAAAGAACCUCCAGGUUGUGGAGACCUCAGCAAGAUCCAAUGUAAAUGUGGACUUAGCUUUUAGCACCUUAGUGCAACUCAUUGAUAAAAGUCGGGGAAAGACAAAAAUCAUUCCUUAUUUUGAGGCUCUAAAGCAGCAGAGUCAGCAGAUAGCUACAGCAAAGGACAAAUAUGAGUGGCUGGUGAGUCGCAUUGUGAAAAACCACAAUGAGAAUUGGCAGAGUGUCAGCCGAAAGAUGCAGGCCUCUCCAGAGUACCAGGACUAUAUCUACCUGGAAGGGACUCAGAAAGCCAAGAAGCUAUUUCUACAGCACAUUCACCGCCUCAAGCACGAGCAUAUUGAGCGCAGGAGAAAGCUGUAUCUGGCAGCCCUGCCAUUAGCUUUCGAAGCUCUCAUAUCUAAUCUAGAUGAAAUUGACCACCUAAGCUGCAUAAAAGCCAAAAAGCUCUUAGAAACCAAGCCAGAAUUCUUGAAGUGGUUUGUUGUGCUUGAAGAGACACCAUGGGAUGCCACCAGCCACAUUGACAACAUGGAAAACGAACGGAUUCCCUUUGACUUAAUGGACACCGUCCCUGCAGAGCAGCUGUACGAGGCCCACUUAGAGAAGCUGAGGAACGAGAGGAAAAGAGCUGAGAUGAGAAGGGCAUUUAAAGAAAACCUGGAGACCUCUCCUUUCAUAACUCCUGGAAAGCCUUGGGAAGAAGCCCGUAGUUUUAUUAUGAAUGAAGAUUUCUACCAGUGGCUGGAAGAAUCUGUAUACAUGGAUAUUUAUGGCAAACACCAAAAGCAAAUUAUAGACAAAGCAAAAGAAGAGUUUCAGGAGUUGCUUUUGGAAUAUUCAGAAUUGUUUUAUGAGCUGGAACUGGAUGCUAAGCCCAGCAAGGAGAAGAUGGGUGUCAUUCAGGAUGUUCUGGGGGAGGAACAGCGAUUUAAAGCAUUACAAAAGCUCCAAGCAGAGCGUGAUGCCCUUAUUCUGAAGCACAUUCAUUUUGUGUACCACCCAACAAAGGAGACAUGCCCCAGCUGCCCAGCUUGUGUGGAUGCUAAGAUUGAGCACUUGGUUAGUUCUCGGUUUAUCCGACCGUCUGACCGGAAUCAGAAAAAUUCACUCUCUGACCCCAACAUUGAUAGAAUCAACUUGGUUAUCUUGGGCAAAGAUGGCCUUGCCCGAGAGUUGGCCAAUGAGAUUCGAGCUCUUUGUACAAAUGAUGACAAGUAUGUGAUAGAUGGUAAAAUGUAUGAGCUUUCCCUGAGGCCAAUAGAAGGGAAUGUCAGGCUUCCUGUGAACUCUUUCCAGACGCCAACAUUUCAGCCCCAUGGCUGUCUCUGCCUUUACAAUUCAAAGGAAUCGUUAUCCUAUGUAGUGGAGAGUAUAGAGAAAAGUAGAGAGUCCACACUUGGCAGGCGAGAAAAUCAUUUAGUCCAUCUCCCCCUGACAUUAAUUUUGGUUAACAAGAGAGGAGACACCAGUGGAGAGACCCUGCACAGCUUAAUACAACAAGGUCAGCAAAUUGCUAGCAAGCUUCAGUGUGUCUUUCUUGACCCUGCUUCUGCUGGCAUUGGUUACGGACGUAACAUUAAUGAAAAGCAAAUUAGUCAAGUUUUGAAGGGACUCCUGGACUCUAAGCGUAACUUAAACCUGGUCAGUUCUACUGCUAGCAUUAAAGAUUUGGCUGAUGUUGAUCUGCGAAUUGUUAUGUGUCUUAUGUGUGGAGAUCCUUUUAGUGCAGAUGACAUACUCUUUCCUGUCCUUCAGUCCCAAACCUGUAAGUCUUCCCAUUGUGGAAGCAACAACUCUGUUUUACUUGAACUACCAAUCGGACUACACAAGAAGCGCAUUGAACUGUCUAUUCUUUCAUACCAUUCCUCGUUUAGCAUCAGAAAGAGCCGGUUGGUUCAUGGGUACAUUGUUUUUUAUUCAGCAAAACGUAAGGCCUCCUUGGCUAUGUUACGUGCCUUUCUUAGUGAAGUGCAGGAUAUUAUCCCCGUUCAACUUGUAGCACUCACUGAUGGCGCUAUAGACGUCCUCGACAAUGACUUAAGUCGGGAACAGCUAACUGAGGGGGAGGAGAUUGCUCAAGAUAUUGAUGGAAGGUUCACAAGCAUCCCCUGUAGCCAACCCCAGCAUAAACUUGAGAUCUUUCACCCAUUUUUUAAAGAUGUGGUGGAGAAAAAGAACAUAAUCGAGGCUACUCAUAUGUACGAUAAUGCUGCCGAGGCAUGUAGUACGACAGAAGAGGUGUUUAACUCCCCCCGGGCAGGAUCUCCGCUCUGCAACUCAAACCUGCAGGAUUCGGAAGAGGAUGUUGAGCCCCCAUCUUACAGCCUGUUCCGAGAAGACACAUCACUGCCCUCUCUGUCCAAAGACCAUUCUAAGCUCUCUAUGGAACUGGAGGGAAAUGAUGGGUUGUCUUUCAUCAUGAGCAAUUUUGAGAGUAAACUGAACAACAAAGUACCUCCACCAGUCAAACCAAAGCCUCCUGUCCAUUUUGAGAUUACAAAAGGGGAUCUAUCUUAUUUAGAUCAAGGCCAUAGGGAUGGACAGAGAAAGUCUGUGUCUUCUAGUCCCUGGCUGCCUCAGGAUGGGUUUGAUCCUUCUGACUAUGCUGAACCCAUGGAUGCUGUGGUCAAGCCAAGGAAUGAAGAAGAAAACAUAUACUCUGUGCCCCAUGAUAGCACCCAAGGGAAAAUCAUUACCAUUCGGAAUAUCAACAAAGCCCAGUCCAAUGGCAGUGGGAAUGGAUCUGACAGUGAAAUGGAUACCAGCUCUUUAGAGCGAGGCCGCAAAGUGUCCAUUGUGAGCAAGCCAGUGCUGUACAGGACGAGAUGCACCCGGCUGGGGAGAUUUGCUAGUUACCGAACCAGCUUCAGCGUGGGGAGUGAUGAUGAGCUGGGGCCCAUCAGGAAGAAAGAGGAGGAUCAGGCAUCCCAGGGUUAUAAAGGGGACAAUGCUGUCAUUCCAUAUGAAACAGACGAAGACCCAAGGAGGAGGAAUAUUCUUCGCAGUCUAAGGAGGAACACUAAGAAACCAAAACCCAAAUCCCGGCCAUCCAUCACAAAGGCAACCUGGGAGAGUAACUAUUUUGGAGUGCCCUUAACAACUGUCGUGACUCCAGAGAAGCCAAUCCCCGUUUUUAUUGAAAGAUGUAUUGAGUACAUUGAAGCCACAGGAUUGAGCACAGAAGGCAUCUACCGUGUCAGCGGGAACAAGUCGGAGAUGGAGAGUCUGCAGAGACAGUUUGAUCAAGAUCAUAACCUGGACUUGGCAGAGAAAGACUUUACAGUGAACACUGUGGCCGGUGCCAUGAAGAGCUUUUUCUCAGAACUGCCAGACCCCCUGGUUCCAUACAGCAUGCAGAUUGAUUUGGUGGAAGCGCACAAAAUCAACGACCGGGAGCAGAAGUUACAUGCCCUUAAGGAGGUAUUAAAGAAAUUUCCAAAGGAAAACCAUGAAGUCUUCAAAUAUGUCAUCUCUCACCUAAACAAAGUCAGCCACAACAACAAGGUGAAUCUCAUGACCAGCGAGAACCUCUCCAUCUGCUUCUGGCCCACCUUGAUGAGACCCGACUUUAGCACCAUGGAUGCGCUCACGGCCACACGCACCUACCAGACAAUCAUUGAACUCUUCAUCCAGCAGUGCCCCUUCUUCUUCUACAAUCGUCCCAUCAGUGAGCCUCCUGGCGCCGUGCCCAGCUCCCCCUCGACCGUGGCUUCCACUGUCCCCUUCCUCACCUCCACACCUGUCACAAGUCAGCCAUCACCGCCCCAGUCCCCUCCACCCACCCCUCAGUCCCCAAUGCAGCCACUGCUCCCCUCCCAGCUUCAAGCUGAACACACGCUGUGAGCCACCAAGGCCUGGGGCGAAAGGAGAACUGGUCGCUAUUUGACUAGGUGGCAUUUGGCCUUGAACAAAACCAAGUCCACUGGGGCAGAGGCAGGGGAGUGUCCCUCUCCCCUACCACCUUCUCAAGACCUCAGCAGUGGCACCAGCCAAUGGUUUACCCCAGGCUUAGCUGUCAGGCCCUGAGCCCAGCACUACCGACCUGGGGCUACCUGUAGGCAGCAGCCGUGAGGCCCUGCCCUUUGACUUGGACCCCUUUAAGGACUGAACUAGUCAGGCAGCAGCCCAGUCCCCUCCACACGUUCCCUGCUCCCUGGACCACUUCCCCCUCCUGCCCGCCUGUCUACGCACACCAGCCUCAGGGCGCCUGCCCCCUGCUUGUACAGAGCCCAUUAUUGAGACAGUGCCCUAGCCUUUGCUAGGGGAGAAGAAUGUUCUGAGAUUCAGGCCUGCCCCGGGGCAGGCUGGCAACCCCUGAAGAGAACACAUCCCGUCCAUUUUGUCCACCUUCCAUAUCUGCACACACACACCUGGAUUGUGGACAGGGGCACAAGGACAGCCUGGCUAGCAAUCUCGGGAACACAUAGGCCAUGGCUCUGCCACCCCAGGGCACAUCCAUGCUGAGGCCAUUUGCCUGGCAGAUCAGAACGUCGGGAGGAUAGCUUUGUGCUCAGAUCAAGAGAGUGCAACUUCUCCACCCCACUCCUCCCACUUCACGGGCUGCCGGAUACAUUCCCUUUAAAACAAAGGAACACUGGAAGAAAAAUGGAAAAAUCCCUCCAAUAAUUAAGAGAAAAAGGAAGAAACUACAGGAAGAAAACUACAGACCUCAAGAUUUCACUUUCCUCCCACCUCUGCUGGGAGACUAACAGUGGAGGUAGCUCUUGUCUUUGUAACAGCAAAACAAGGAUUCCCAGGACAGUAGCCUGAGAGCCUGUUGGGGUCCCACUUAGGUCCUGUCACCAGAUCCCCCUUUCCCCAAGAAGACGGUUCAAGCUCUUGGUAGGGAGAGCUGGGCAGACCAGCCUCGAUCCUGGGCUGCUCCACAACACACUACAUUGCUAUAAAAACACUACUCUUAUGUGCGUGCACGUGUAUGUAGGGGUGGGAAUAGCUGGAGGGUGCCAGGUGCACUUGGGGUUUGGGUUAGUGUUUGGUGUUGAAGUGGAAUCAUUUCAUCCGAGGCUGUGGAAUGCUGCCAACAGUGGUGUCUGCAGGAUGUGGGCCAGAUGGGGGGUACUUUGAAGGAAUGACAGCCUGCUGGUGCCCUUGCAGGGUCAUCCUUCAUGAUCCUGGGGCCAGCAGGGCCCAGAGAAGCUCAGUACACAGAGGCACCAAUCCUGCCUGUUACCACCAUUUGCCCUGGCCUGGCCUUUCUACUCACCCCACCUCUGCCCCCAAGCACAGCAGCCCUGCUAGGCUGCUGCAAACAGUGGCUGCCCCUACUCCCGAAGUUUUCAUCCUCGUGGCUGGGCCAUGGCCUCUGCAGCCAGGAAGCCUGACACUAAGGUACCCUGGGUGUCGGAGGAGUGGGGUAGAGAGGGCCCCACACCACGCAGUUCUCGGGUCUCAUUGCACUUUAAGAAACUGCAUCUGUGGUAUGUUCCCAGGGGGCCCAACAAAAUAGUAGAUGCCUCCAGACAGUGUCCUGCCGCCCCCAGACUAAAUGCUUCCCUUUGGCUGUUGAAGGGUGGAGUGGGCCCUGUUGCUCACUGAGUUCUUCUCGUUAAGGAUAAGCUGGCUGUCUUACUGUCUCUCCUUCUUGAUGGAAAAAUAAGGUGCAGGGAAACACUGAAUUACCCCUGCAAGUUUUACCACCUCUUAAAGAAUACAAAUCAAAAAACAAGCCCAAGGUACAUACGUAUUUAUGUAAAUGUUGGGUGAUGGCUCUUUUUUUCCCCUUCUGCUGGAUCUGUACCUGGUGCCCCAGGGUUGGCUGGAAGGUGAUGUUUCGACUGAGGUUGGUAGACACUUCUCUGGCUGUUGAACUCCCCCAGCCCUGAGCCCCAGGCAGAUAAGGAAAUUGCUCCUUUAAUUAAUCCCUCUGCCUUUUUCUAGGUCAUGUUCAUCCAGUCCGCUCUUCAAGGAAUUGGAAAUAGAACAGAAACCAUGGGGGUGGCCUGGGGCCAUCUCAUGUAAACAGAAGUAAAAAGUAGCCCAUCUCCUCCCACUGCUAAGUCUUAACACAGCCCCACCUUUGUGCUCUCAUCUGUGAGACUGCACAGCCAUGUGCAUCGUUGGUGGUUUCUCCCAGUUGGGGGUGGGGGAACAGGAAGAGGCAGUGAGGAGGAAUACCUGUGCUUUGUACUCUCACCUUUGCAAAAGUACCAGAAACCAGGCUUAGUUGUGGGGGGGGGGGUACCUCCAGCCCCACAGUGCUCCCUGCCAAUCAGUGUGGGCAGCAGCCAAGGCCUCUUCACACACCGUCCACCUGCCUCAGGUCCUCUGAGGGCUUUAGAGGUGGGCAGAUGGAGACUGUGGUGGCUCAUGCCCCAAGAGGGCCACCAUUCCACAAAGCUCCAAGGGUUCCUCUUAUUUCUGUUUGCUAACUCUUCAGCCUCUUAUUUUCUGCUCCAUUUUAUUUGAGUGGGCAUUGCCAGUACUGGCAGUACUGGGCCCUGAAUUUCACCUUCCAGUCAAGGUAGCAUUCAGACCAUAUGGGCACUCGGACAGGACCCACAAAGGAAAAAGCACCUGGAGGUUUGUUGGGACAUACUGACCUUAAACAGAAUGCUGUCUAGCCCUUGCUUUCACCCAGGGCUUUAAGCUCUGGGAAGUGCUUUCACAGAUGAUUCUUGCGUGAGCUGCACAUAGCUCUCAGGAGUGGGUGGCAGGCAUCUCCUUGUCCAAAAUGGGUAAGCUGUGCACCCCUGCCCAGCAAGAGUGUAGACACUAUGUUCGAUAGAAAUGAACAGCCCUUGAUGGUAAGCUUAAGACAUUCUGGUUUAGUGACAUCUGAUGCCUAUACAGAGGGAGAUGACCCAAGGUUAGGUGGCCUGGCUCAUGAAUUUGCAUGGAAUUCCUGGCUUGUGUCUCCACGUUUAUCUGCAUUCUGUCACGCCUCUCUUCCCAUUGCUUGACACUGCAAGGAGAUCAGGAGAGACUUGGUGCUUCUGCUUCCUGUGCUCUCCCCACCCAGCCCCUUGGUUUUUCUUCCUGCCUAAGGCAGGAAGCAUGCUGCUGGGUGAGACUCUUCUGGUAUAAUGUGUUUGUCUUUGCCACAGCGGACAGAGGGUGACAUCAUGGGAGCAGCUCGCUGGCCAGAAGGGAAUGGGGGCUCACCCUCCCUCCCCUUCCCUGUGCCUCAGCGCCUCCUGGUCUUGGGGGAGGGAGGCCUUGAGGCUAGAGUCCCCUCAGCAUAGACUCCCCUAAGUCACUAGACAUUUUGGCCUCACACACACCCUCAAAACUUGACAGCGGACUAUCUGCAGCAUCUUGUCAUCAAGUCAUCUUUAGCUGUGCUCCUCUCCCCUCCCCUCCAGUGAGAAGAACCGCACUGCACUGGGGCAUCGGCUAGAAAAAGUACGUGCGGUGGUCUAGGAAGGCUUCUGCCACAGAGAGCUGGUUUUGUGAGUGGCUUUUUUGCAAGGGGGAAGCUGUAGGGAUUUGGGUAAGUUGCCGGGGGACCAGGGUCACUAGCUCCAUAAUUCUCACGUACACUAGUAGGGGUGGUAUCCCUAGGUCUGUGUCCAGGUCAAAAGUGGCAUAGAAAAGGGCUGGGACAGGGGUGGCCUUUGACCUUGGCCUGGAGGGGGCGUACAGCUUGUGGAGCACUGCUUGGGAGCAUUGCUGACUGCAUGCAGUGGGCCAAGGAGCCCCCUGUGCACCUGUUGCUUGGCAGCGUUUAGGUAAGGGAGGAUGAACUCGGUCACCUCCAGGACUGUGCUAACUUGGAAAAGGCCUGCCUUGGGGCCUAGGGGAUGGGCUCAGGGAAGGCCUUCUCUAAGGUCCUGUGGAGUGGAUUCUUCCCUUCUCCCAGAGCCAUCUCAGCAACCGCCUGCCUGUGGGCUCCUUCCCAGCAGACCCCGCUGGCAGACUCAGACACAGCAGUGAUGCUACACUUUCAGUGUACUGGUGACAGGGCGUAAGUUAUUGUUUGCAUUAAAAAGAAUCAUGUCCCUGUGUACAUUUUAAAAAGAAAUGUUUCAGAAUUGUAUGGGAAUAAAACUUGUUUGAAAAUUUGGAAUAGUGCUGCUGCCAGCUUAUUUUUCUGGUACUUGUAUUUUCACAUGUUAAAUGAUCUUUAUAUAUGUUGAAUUAACAAAUAUUUUGAGUUUCCUAAGAAAAACAAAAACAUAUUAAUGGUAUUGAAAUGUGUUAGUAGUCUGGCUGUGUGCCCAAAAUUCUGUUUCACAGCAAAAGUGACGAACUGUAUGUAAGAAAGUAUAACAGUUAUUUCUUUGUAUUUUAGGGGCUUUAACCAGAACAUCCUCUAGUUGGUCUUAGGAAUGUUUGCUUAAUUUCCAGACUUCUUUUUUUAAACACAUCGUGGGAUUUUUGAGGCUCCAACCUGAUUAGUGCAUGGUCAGCCCUCAGUAAGGCUGAGGCAUCUCUGAUGGAGGUGUUUUUGUUUGGUUUUGUUUUUUAAAAUCAUGUAUUUGCUACAAAGUAUUGUACUUGUCUCAAUGGGAAUGGUGUAAAAAACUGAAAAGGCCUUAUGUGACAUGUAUCAUAGUUAAUAAAUCAAUCUUGUAAAAAAGCAAA